AUGAUAAUUCAUGAUUUAGUAACCAUCUUAUUUAAAUCUUACUUGACACCACAUCAAACUUCAUUAAAAAAUGAAACAGGUUUAAGACUGUCCAGGAACAAUAAUAAUGAAAAACAUAAUUAUAGUCCACCACAAACUCCUGCCUUGUUCCUUUCAAAUGGUGGAAGGAGGGAUAGCGUUAGUUUGAUAAGUAGGGCGCCCCUUUCCCCAUUUUUGUAUCAGCCUCCUUUUCCUUAUAGUGCUGAAGAUCUUGAAGGGGAUGAAGAAGUGGGUAUGUCGCAAGAAAAUGUGGAUUUUAAUAAAAGUGAUGUGGUUAAUGAUGCUAAUUCGAUCGUCACCAAACCCCAGUCUAGUUAUAACCCUCAUUUGAAUCUAUAG